AUGUCGGCGUCGUCGCCGCCGGCGGCGGCGGGGGCUGCCAGUGCCGCCAUCUCGGCCUCGGAGAAAGUGGACGGCUUCACCCGGAAAUCGGUGCGCAAGGCGCUGAGGCAGAAGCGCUCCCAGGGCUCGUCGCAGUUCCGCACCCAGGGCAGCCCCGUGGAGCUGCAGCCCCUGCCCCAGCUCAAAGAUGCCACUUCAAAUGAACAACAAGAACUCUUCUGUCAGAAGUUGCAACAGUGUUGUGUACUGUUUGAUUUCAUGGACUCAGUUUCAGACUUGAAGAGCAAAGAAAUUAAAAGAGCAACACUGAAUGAACUGGUUGAGUAUGUUUCAACUAAUCGUGGUGUAAUUGUUGAAUCAGCGUAUUCUGAUAUAGUAAAAAUGAUCAGUGCUAAUAUCUUCCGUACUCUUCCUCCAAGUGAUAAUCCAGAUUUUGAUCCAGAGGAGGAUGAACCCACACUUGAGGCUUCUUGGCCUCACAUACAAUUGGUGUAUGAAUUCUUCUUAAGAUUUUUGGAAAGCCCUGAUUUCCAGCCUAGCAUUGCAAAGCGAUACAUUGAUCAGAAAUUUGUACAACAGCUCCUGGAACUUUUUGAUAGUGAAGAUCCCAGAGAACGUGAUUUCCUGAAGACUGUUCUGCACAGAAUUUAUGGGAAAUUUCUUGGAUUAAGAGCAUUCAUCAGAAAACAAAUUAACAACAUUUUCCUCAGGUUUAUAUAUGAAACAGAACAUUUCAAUGGUGUUGCUGAACUCCUGGAAAUAUUAGGAAGUAUUAUCAAUGGCUUUGCAUUGCCACUGAAAGCAGAACAUAAACAAUUUCUAAUGAAGGUUCUUAUUCCUAUGCAUACUGCAAAAGGAUUAGCUUUGUUUCAUGCUCAGUUAGCCUACUGUGUUGUACAGUUCCUGGAGAAAGAUACAACACUAACAGAACCAGUGAUCAGAGGAUUGCUGAAAUUUUGGCCAAAAACAUGUAGCCAGAAAGAGGUGAUGUUUUUAGGAGAAAUUGAAGAAAUCUUAGAUGUCAUUGAACCAACACAGUUCAAAAAAAUUGAAGAGCCCCUUUUUAAGCAAAUAUCUAAGUGUGUAUCCAGUUCUCAUUUUCAGGUUGCAGAAAGGGCGUUGUACUUCUGGAAUAAUGAAUAUAUUCUUAGUUUGAUUGAGGAAAAUAUUGAUAAAAUUCUGCCAAUUAUGUUUGGUAGUUUGUACAAAAUCUCCAAGGAACACUGGAAUCCGACCAUCGUAGCACUGGUUUACAAUGUGCUGAAAACCCUAAUGGAAAUGAAUGGCAAGCUUUUCGAUGAUCUUACUAGUUCAUACAAAGCUGAAAGACAAAGAGAGAAAAAGAAGGAAUUGGAACGUGAAGAAUUAUGGAAAAAAUUAGAGGAGCUAAAACUAAAGAAAGCUCUGGAAAACCAGAACAAUGCUUACAACAUGCACAGUAUUCUCAGCAAUACAAGUGACAAAUAA